GCUUGAACUCUUCAGUCAUAUAUCAGGCUGCUGAAAAGCUGAAGGAGGCAACCAUUUCCUUAUAAUACUGAACAUUUAACAUUGGCCAAACUUAUAAUGGCUAGUUAUUCCAUCUACCAGAAUGCCAACUUCCAGUCAUUUGUUAGGAUGAAUUAUUAUUUCCCACCUGAGAAGAGAAAAUUUGACGACAUCAAAAGAAAAGCAGAAACACAGCAUUCUAUUGAAGUGAGUCAAAGAUCCAAGAGUGCCACAGUGUAUGCUGGGGAAUACAGAGGAAAAGAAAUGGAUAUCACAUCUCAAGCAAGGAAGAGACCAAUCUCUCCCACCAGGAUGAACAAACCCCACCCAUCAGAGUAAGGUUAACUGAAAAGAAAAAGAUGGUGUAAUCAUAUUUAAAGGAACAUUAUAGUGUUAGGAAUACAAAGCUGUAUUACUAACACUAUAGUGUCCCUUUGCCCCUGCAGCCAAGGUACCUUGGCGCUGCAGUGAAAGAAAGGGCUUUGUCUCCACUUUCUCCGAUGUCAGCACAAGGGGGAACCUAAUGCAUAUGUUUGGCAAGCAACACAAUUGGAUCAAUGCUUUCCUAUGGGUAUUUUCAAGAUGCUGUACAUCUUAACGCUGAGCAUGAGGACAUCCAGCGUCAUUUCACAAAGUUGAACUCCAUAAAAGUAGACAGUCACUAGAGGCAGAAGACAGUCUGCAGAGUUAAAGGGACAGGGGUACUGCACCCAGACCACUUCAAUGAGAUGAAGUGGUCUGGGUGAAUAUAGUGUCCCUUUAACAGGAUAACAAUCGCUAUAUUUUUCUGUGUGUAUUGGCUCUCUGUCUUUAUGAGUUUAUUGAUGAUAUUAAUCACCAUAAGACAGGGAGAAGUGCAAACAUUUAAUUAUUUCCUCACUAAUCUGGGCAGGCACCAACCAGGAGCAACUGGAAAAUUAUUUAUAAAAAUUAUAGGUGUGGGGAAAAAAUGUUGCAAUAAUGAAUGUUCCAGUUCAUUUUCUUAUUUGCGCUAUGAUAGUCAACGAUCGGUAAAGAUGGUAAUGAGGAAAAUUUUGCCAUACUUGCCGUAAUUUUCUUUUCCUGGAUAUAUCAAUGGCAGCAUUACAAUAGGACUGGCUGUGCCCACUUGGCUGCUUCGAACAGGAAAUAAAAGCCAUAAAUAACACUCCUACCAGAUAGGAUCUCCAGUCUAGUUCCAUGCUCCUAAAUAAAAAUAUAAAAAUGGAGGGAUGCCAUGUUGCCAUGGAUAUAUCCAGGAAAAUAAAAAUAUGGUAACUAUAGCUGAAUUUUCCUAAUUCCUGGCUAAUCCAUGGCUGCAUCACAAUAGCCAAUACCCAAGCUAAAUGUCUGAUGGGAGGGAAAUUAAACAAGCCACCGCAAUUUUUUGCAAAAUCAGAACGAAACACAAACUCUGUACUGUAGUUUUUAUGGAAACUUCCCUAGAUGGACAAUAAAUAUAUUCUUGAAUAGAGAACAAAAUAGGUUACAAUUAUCCAGUACCCACAAAAUAUGGCUAGACCCAGGGUGUGUAACUAGUAGGACCCUAGAUGCUGCAGAACCAUCCCCUCCAGCUUUAAGAAUGUCAAUGCACCUUGGAAACAGUAACUCUACAACACCCACGAAUCUAUCACUUGCCCACUCCUGGGCAAAACCACAUCCCUCAAUAAUGCAGACCUGAAAGAUAACCCCAAAGGUUAGAAGCAGAAAUAGACCAUGAUAACCAUGUUAACUGUGGCAGAACUAAUGUAGAGACGACCCUGGUGUAAGAACAUUUUUGGGGCCCCUGUCUAGUGCAAAAGUAGCCAAAAGGUAGCUCAACAUCUCUCGUACAACGCCAAUGAAGCUAUACCAGCUGGGGAUAUACCAUUUGCCCAUCCUUGCAAGGUUGCAUUUGUGGGCAGUGUUUGUGCUUUUGAAUGUAAACAUGUUUGUGUAUCGAGUAUGUGUGUGCAUGUAGGGGUGUAUUUGUUUGUACUGUUGCCACUCAUUGCAGUGGUAUACAUGUGUGUAGUGUUGAAGUUUGAAUGCAGGGGUGUGUUUGUAUGUAGUGUUGACUUUUUAAAUGCAGGAGUGUGUAGUGUUAGUGUUUGAUUAAAGUGGUGCUUGUAUAUAAUUUUAGUGUUUUAAUACAGGAGUGUGUUUGUAUCAUAGGCGUGCGCAGCCUAUUGCAUAAAUGUGUGUAAGGGUGCUGUAUGUGUGAGGGUGAUGUUAGUGUGGGGGUGCUGUGUGUGUAUGUGUAAGGGUGUUGUGUGUGUAAGGGUGAUGUAUGUGUGUGGGUGUUGUAUGUGUGAGGGUGCUGUUAGUGUGUGUGUGCUGUGUGUGUGGUGGGAACGUUUAGUUAAUAGCCCCCAUCCCUUCUUACCUUUUAUCGGGAGGAGGGGACCGUGCUGCAGCCAUCCCUGGUGGUCCAGUGGUGAGUGAAUUCUAGCCUGCGGGGCUAGAGUUCACUCUCACGAGAUCUGAGCAUUGCCGCGGCUAGCUCUGACCUCUCGAGAGGAACCCGGCGGAGCUGCUGGCUAGAGCUCCCCGUGUCCUCUCCUGCCUUGUCAUAUAAAUGAAAUUUUUUUUUUUAUUUGCAGCCACCCUCCUGUUAGUUUACUUUUGGUUUCCAAUAGGGUAGCUUGCUUCCUGUUGCUGCUGGCUGAGGGGAGCAAGGAUCUGCAGCUGCUCGCUCCUGUCUCUCUCCCCACUGCUGCUACUUGUACCACAACCUCCUCCCUACUGAUGUGUUCAGCAAGGAGCAGGGAGUAAGUGAUCGGCUGUCACUUUCUUCCAGCAUCCAGUGGUGUAUUUUGGAUUUGUGCUGCCCUAGGCACGACUAAAUUCGGGCACCCCCAAAAUCUAAAUAUGACUCCCCAAUUCCUGUCAAGGCCACUUUUUUGACUGACAGACACAUGCCCUCAUUGAUACAUGCACUGAUAUACACUCAGUGACAGAUACACAGUCAUUGGCACACACAUACAGUCAUAAGCACACACUGUUUAACCAACACACACUUUCACUGUCAGACACACACUGACACACCCACUCACUGACAGGCACACACUCUCAGAUACACAUAAAAUGAUAUACACACACUGGCACACACUCACAGGCACACCCAUUCUCACUGAAAGACACUUUCACUCACUCACAGACACACACUGACAGCUACACUCACUCACUCACAGUAAGGUGGAGAGCUCCAGAACACAAGGCAAGCAAGGCAUUUGUCUGGGAGCUUGGGGUGGAAUUUUUUGUAUGUUAGUUGUGUUAGUUUCUGUGUGUCUGUUAUUCAGUUUGUGUCUGCUAAUGAGUGUCAGUGUGUGUGUUACUGUGUGUGUCUGUUACUGAGUGUGUUAGUUUGUGUGUGUCUGUUAGUGAGUGUGUGUUUGUCAGUGAGAGAGUAUGUCUGUCUGUCAGUGAGUAUGUAUGUCACUGAGUGUGUCUCUGUCAGUAAAUGUGUGCAUCUGUUAGCUAGUGUGUAUGCGUCUGUGUGUGUUUAAAACCCCUUCAGCACUUACCUUUCUCCAGCGCCGGACUCCCUUGGCGUGGGGAUCCCUCCGCCUCUCAGAUCCGAAUGCGCAUGCGCCGCAAGAACCGCGCGCGCAUUCAAACCGCCCAUAGGAAAGCAUUACUCAAUGCUUUCCUAUGGACAUUCAGCGUCUUCUCACUGUGAUUUUCACAGUGAGAAUUGCGGAAGGGCCUCUAGCGGCUGUCACUGAGACCGCCACGAGAGGCUGGAUUAACCCUCAGUGAAACAUAGCAAACUGAAACUGCUAUGUUUUCAGCUGCAGGGUUAAAACUAGAGGGACCUGGCACCCAGACCACUUCACUUCACUUCAGACCAGGUGCCCGCCGCCAUAUGUUGCGGACUCGGCCCGCGCGGAGUAAGCAAUUCCGUAAAUUGAUGGCUCAAAUCACCGCCACGCUUAGAUCCAACGACCUGAGUUAUCGCUGGGGAUACACACCGUGGCAACACAAAGGGAAGGCCUUCAAAAAUUAAAGGGACAAUUCACAACUAGCUACACCGGCUAAGAUCCCCAGGAUGGUACCGGAAUGGUCUCGAGCACGACAGUCCCGGGCCCUGUCCGCAGGGUAUCGUUUAAUGCCAAACUGCUUAUGAGCAUAUAGUUAACCGUUGUUCAUAGCUAUGUUUCAUUAUUUUUCUGGUUUGGGGUUUUUUACUGACACAUUAUUGCCAUGGCUUAAUUAUGUACCAUGUUAUCUACCAGUUACCUGUUAAGACAUGCUACACUUUCAACUGCACCUGGUUAGAAUUUGUCACUGCCCAUUUAGCAACACAAUCAGACAUGUCAAUAGAUUAAAGGUAUGUCUGGCAUAGGCCAGGAAAGUUAUUUUGUAUACAAAAAAAAUAUUAGACCAUAACUGUGAGGAACAGCACCCACACUACGGUGCGCUAACCUAGUUAAAGUCCAACGGCUCCUCUUGAGCCUUAACACCCGAGUGACUCCUUGAUGAGAUACCCAUGGCCGCCCCCUACAUUAUGUGUGUCCGGAUAUGCCACGACACAUCGGCCCAAUCUUCUGGGCGCUAUUCUGUUUUUUAUUCCUAUGUUGUCACCCCUCCCUGUUACCCUUUCUCCCUCCUCCACCUUCUUACACCAUUGGGUAGUGAUAGGGCUAUUUUCCCCAAAUAUGCCUUUUCAUAUUAACAACGGACGACUGGUACAUGCUCUUAUCCUUAACCCCUCAGAAGGGACCUCUAAGUUCUUGAACAACAGAGAAAAAAGAGUAAGCGCUGAUUAACAGAUGGGCAGCAACCCUAGAAGGGAGAUCCCUCCAAACCUAUGGGAAACAAAGAUAGUGAGAAAAAUAAAGGGAAGGGCUGCGCCAAUUUCUAAACAAAAUAUAAUGAGCAGUGAAAAUCACAACACAUAAAAUAAGUUAAAAAAAAAUCAGUAAAAAAAGUCCAAUAAAAAGGAUCUUACUCAGAUCAAAUAUUGAAUAAGGUGCUUAAACAGGAGUAAUAUCCUCAGUGUCUUUCUGGAUGAAUCCACUCAUAUGAAAGACAAAAACCAGAUAAAAAUAACCAAUAGUGCAAUAUGAAUGGUCCAAUAUGUAUAUAGAUGAAAUAAACAGGAAUAAACUCACAUUUAGUAGGGCUAUAACUAGCUCUAGUGUUAAGGGCGUACAGCAGUAUAAUACCCGCUUAUGGGAUAUGCUGUGGGUUUCUUCCGUCUGGGGUAUGGCCACACUCAGGAAAGAGGGUAUAAAGAGACAACUAAUAGUGCUCACUGAAUAGAAACAACAGUAUAUAUAAUAACUAAAAUAUUACUCACAAGCAAAGAGCAGGCUAACUGUUCCUUGGUAACAGCGCUUGUGGUAUGAUCCCCGACUCAGAUGUCUUAUCCUUAACCCCUCAGAAGGGACCUCUAAGUUCUCUUGGAGUGCAGGAUACUACAAAAUGCCAGGUAAAGUUCAAGUGUAUAAAAAAGAUAGUUGGCACCAGGGAAGUGACCAAAUGAUUUUUUUAAAUCUUAUUUUUCUCACCUUUUUAGAUUUUAUUCAUAAUAAAUUAUGUUUUAUAUAUGAAUGGUUCAUGUGAAAUAAAAGCCCUGUUUCUCCUGAACAAAAUGAUAUAUAAUAAGUGUGGGUGCACUUAAUAUGAAAGAGGUGAAUUAUGGUUGAACAGACAUUCCAGGUUUUGUUUACGUUUUGUUUUGAUCACAACUUGUACAAUUGGCUCCUUUCUUAAGAGGUUAACCCCUUAAGGACGGCGGGCGUGCAGUGCUGUCCUUAGGGAACCGGCUCUAAACCCCGGGGGCGGCAUAGCACGUCCCCACUGUCCUAUGUACUUACCAGGUCGCCGGCGAUCCCACGCUGGUGAUCGUGGUCUGGGGACUUACCUGGGAGCCCAGGGAGUCCCCUUCCGUCCUUUUCGGCCCCCCUGGGCCAUGUGAUCGCGAGGUCCUUGCGGGCAUAGCCGUCCAAGGCAGUGCCAGUGGGGGGAGUGCCUGUAAUGACAGGUACUCCCCCUGCUGCUUGUAAAAAAAAAUUAAAAGUGUUUAAAACAGUGUAAAAUUAAAUUAUAUAUACUUAGAUCAUAUAUAUAUUUAUUAAGUGUUCUUGCAUAGCAAGACCACUUAAUGUUAUCUCACAUAUAUAUUAUUAUUCUUAUUAUAGCCAAAUUUGCCACCCUAACUCCUCCCACAGUUUUUACACUACAUAGACAAAAAUUUACCAAAACGUGCAGAUUGUUCCCGAUCGGAUUGCUAUUACUUUGUGGAACUUUUCGCCGAAUGGUUCACGGAAUAUCGUCGUUCUUGUGGCGAAAUUUGUCCCAUAGGAAUGAAUGGCAAAGCUAGAGUGGGAGCUGGCAAAAGCUGAAAAAUCGGGACAUGAUUUCUAAACUGCCACCACUCCCUUAUUUUCAGGCCCACCUACACAAAUCUUAUAUCAAAGCGUUCAGCUAUCCCUCCUGCCACUAAACAUGUCAACGGCUAAGCCAUAGUCCUGAUAGUUUUCACAAUAUAAUCAUUUGUUUGCAACUAACGCCGUCCAUUGACUUUCAUUGAAACUUCACUCUGCAAAGCUCAAAUUUGGAGUGCAAUUUCUAAACUGCGACUGUGCCUUCAAUUUUAAUACUUCAGAGACAUACUAUGCAUCAAAAUGUAGGUCUGGGUCUUGUGAUUCUCACAAUAUAAAGCUCUUCGCUGUAGGAUUGAUAGUUUUUAAAAUACGACCGUUUGAAGAUGGCAACCGCCAAAAUACUCUGACCUGUGCCAGGCUGCAGCAGCAAGUGAUGUCAUAGACAGGGCCUUUUGAACACCUGCUAAUGUUUUUAUAAAUGUAUGGUUUAAUGUAACUGUGCAACAACAUUGCAAUUAAAUGUGCUAUAUAAAUGAUAACAGCUACUCUGCCCACUCCAGUUGCAGACUACUGGUGGAGGCAAGAACACUUCACACAAUUUCCCCAGAAAUUGUAGCUUUUCUAGUUAAGUGUUCUUGCAUAGCAAGACCACUUAAUGUUAUCUCACAUAUAUAUUAUUAUUAUUAUUAUUAUUCUUAUUAUAGCAAAAUUUGCCACCCUAACUCCUCCCACAGUUUUUUACACUACAUAGACAAAAAUUUACCAAAACGUGCAGAUUGUUCCCGAUCGGAUUGCUAUUACUUUGUGGAACGUUUCGCCGAAUGGUUCACGGAAUAUCGUCGUUCUUGUGGCGAAAUUUGUCCCAUAGGAAUGAAUGGCAAGCUAGAGUGUGAGCUGGCAAAAGCUGAAAAAUCAGGACAUGAUUUCUAAACUGCCACCACUCCCUUAUUUUCGGGCCCACCUACACAAAUCUUAUAUCAAAACGUUCAGCUAUCCCUGCUGCCACUAAACAUGUCAACGGCUAAGCCGUAGUCCUGAUAGUUUUCACAAUAUGACCAUUUGUUUGCAACCAACACCGUCCAUUGACAUUCAUUGAAACUUCACUCUGCAAAGCUCAAAUUUGAAGUGCAAUUUCUAAACUGCGACUGUGCCUUUAUUUUUAAUACUUCAGAGACAUACUAUGCAUCAAAAUGUAGGUCUGGGUCUUGUGAUUCUCACAAUAUAAAGCUCUUCACUGUAGGAUUUAUAGUUUUUAAAAAACGACCGUUUGAAGAUGGCAACCGCCAAAAUACUCUGACCUGUGCCAGGCUGCAGCAGCAAGUGAUGUCAUAGACAGGGCCUUUUGAACACCUGCUAAUGUUUUUAUAAAUGUAUGGUUUAACCCCUUUAGACAGGAGGGCGUACAAUUACGCCCUAUUAUAGGCGGUUCUAAACGCCGCCGGGCGAAAUUGUACGCCCUCCAGUUUUUGCCUACUUACCCGGUCACCGGCGGUCCCACGCCGGCGAUCGCGGUGGGGGGGACUCCCAGGGAGCCCCCCGCGGCACGUCCGUCCUCGUCGAAGCCCCCCGGCCAUGUGAGAGUGGGGUCCUAGCGAGGACCCCACAAUCACAUGGCCGGGGAUAGCUGGCUUCUGUAUUGCCAGCAGGGGGGCUGCCUGUAAUUACAGGUGGUCCCCCUGCUGGCUGGAAAUAAAAUGAAAAAUGUAUUAGUGUAAAAAAAAAUAUAUAUACUUAGAUCAUAUAUAUGAUCUAAGUAUAUAUAUAUACACAUAUACAUACACACACGUACACCGUCUAGGUGUAUUUUACUAUUAUUAUAUAUAUAUAUAAUUAUAUAUAUAUAUAUAUAUUAAUAUCAAAUUACACGUAGACUGAUACUGGCUAAAUAUAUAUAUAAUUAUUGUUGUUAUAUAUAUAUAUAUAUAUUUAUAUAUAAUAUAAAAAAAUGUAAUAUGUAAAUACGUUAAAAAAAUUUUUUUUAAAUAAUUUUAAAAAAUUCAUUAAAAAAUAUAUAGAUGUGUGUUAUUUCAUUCUAACUGUAUUGUGAUAUUAAUAUAUAUAUAUUUAUAUCAAAAUACACGUAGAACGAAAUAAUAUAUAUAUCUACAUACAUAAAUAUAUACGUAUAUAUCACUAUAUAUACCUAUAUAUAAAUAAAAAUAUUUAAAAAAAAUUAUAUAGAUAUACACAUAUAGAUUCACAUAUGUGUAUAUAUAUACAUAUAUUAAUUCUACAUAUAUAUUUAUGUAAUAUUUUUACAUAAUUAGGUAUCUUAAUUAAUUACAAUUAGCGGGACCUGCAUGACAACCCAUGCCGAACGUAAAGGGAAUUUAAUUGGCUAGCACUAUAUUUAACCCUAUAACUUUCCAAGACACCAUAAAACCUAUACAUACUCGGGAGACUUCGCUGAACACAAAUAUUAGUGUUUCAAAACAGUAAAAUGUAUAACAACGAUGAUAUCGCCAGUAAAAGUGACGUUUUUUGCAUUUUUCAUGCACAAAUAGCACUUACACGGACGAUAUUAUUGCUGUGAUACUUUUUACUGUUUUAAAACACAAAUAUUUGUGUUCAGCGAAGUCUCCCGAGUACAACAGUACCCCUCAUGUACAGGUUUUAUGGUGUUUUCAAAAGUUACAGCGUCAAAUAUAAGGCUUGCGUUUCAUUUUUUUCACAUUAAAAUUUGCCAGAUUGGUUACGGUGCCUUUGAGACCCUAUGGUAGCCCGAGAAUGAAAAUUACCCCUAUGAUAUACCAUUUGCAACAGUAGACAACCCAAGGUAUUGCAAACGGGGUAUGUCCAGUCUUUUUUAGUAGCCACUUAGUCACAAACACUGGCCAAAAUUGGCGUUUGUUUGCAUUUUUCACACAAACAAAUACGAACGCUAACUUUGGCCAGUGUUUGUGACCAAAUGGUUGCUAAAAAAGACUGGACAUACCCCAUUUGCAAUACCGUGGGUUGUCUACUUUUGCAAAUGGUAUGCCAUCAUGGGGGUAAUUCUCAUUCCUGGGAUACCAUACGGUCUCAAAGGCAACGUAACCAAUCUGGCGAAUUUCAAUGUGAAAAAACUGAAAAAUGUAACGUGCUAUAUUUGACCAUGUAACUUCCCACAACACCAUAAAACCUGUACAUAGGGGGUACUGUUUUACAUGUGAGACAUUGCGGAAUACAAAUAUGUGUAUUUUAUUGCAGUCAAAGCAAACAGUAUUAUGACAUUCACAGUUAAAAUGUUACGUAGAAUUAAAAUAAUUUUUUUAAUUACUAUUUUCUCCCAUUUUUAUUUUAUAUUUUUUUUUUAUUUAUUUUUUUUUUAUUUGCAUUUUAUAAGAUUUCACAGUCGUAUUACAGGUAUACAGGGUAUGCAAGUUACAUUCAUGAGUACAACAUAGAGAGUACAACUUUUGAGCAACAUGUAUUGACAAUGAGCUAUCAUAUCUGUGUCUUGAUGAGAGCCAGUUUGAAGCCUACAUAUGAUAGUGGUAAUAUAGGUACAUCGUUAAACAAAUUGUCCUUAAACAGAGUAUUAAACAGAGUAUUAAACAGAGUAUCCUGGCAUUGCUGUCGUGCCCAUAUUUAUGUAGUUCUCCCUCUUGACCAUCAGUCGUGAUGGUAGGAGUUUUCUUUUCGCUGUGCCAGUGUCGGUAAUUGCUCAGUUGUGAAAAUAACCCUCAUCUUCCCUGACACCUAGCUACUAUUCCAAUGAACAGGGGAAUAUAAACUUGGGGCAUAACCUGGGUAUAAUGCGGGGAAAAAGAGAAGGGUAGAGGAGGGGAGGGGGGCAGGUAUUGGUCCCUUAGCUUGGUCCAGCUUUUAGGCCUGUUCGUUGGCCUUAAUAAAUUGCACCAGUGUACGCAACCAGCUUAAGUAGGUGAGGGUAGUGUGUGCAGGCUUUCAUAUGGUCAAAGAGUGAUGUUAAAGAAGGUUUAGGAAGGUUUGCCUAGUGCUCUUUCCUUAAAGCGUUGUCUUGUGAGCUACCACACAAAGGUGUUUAGAGUGUUUAACUUGUCACUGCGUCUGUUGGCGUGUGUCCCAUUUUUCCCACGCCUCCUUCCAAAAUUUUUGGGGGGGAUUGUUGGACCUGGCCAUUAUCUCAUACUUCUUUAUGGUUUCAAUGUGGGUUAUGCAGCUCUGUAUGUUGGGGAUCGUCUGUUUUUGCCAGUGUUUGCUGAUAUGCAGCAGAACCGCCGAGAUAAUGUGAUAUAUUAAGUAUCGGGAUGAUUUUGUAUGGCCUGGUGGCAUAUACUGUAGGAGGUAAUGUUCGGGGGUGUGUGCGAGAUCUACACCUGUAAUGUUUUUAAUUAGGGUCUGUGUUUCCGUCCACAAUGGUGUUAGGAUUGGGCAUUCCCACCAAAUGUGUAGCAUGGAACCUUGAGCUUUAUUGUAUCUCCAGCACAGUCCUGUAUUCUUAGGUAUCAUAUGUUUCAGUCGGGUUGGUACUAAGUACCAGCGAUAUAAUAAUUUCCUGGCUAGUUCCAGAUGGGUUGUGCUAAGUGUAAGUUUUUUAUUCUCACACAGUAUAUAUGACCACUGCUCUUUUGUUAACUGUUUUCCUAGUUCAACUUCCCAUGCUUUAACAAACUGUAGUGUAUGCGGGUCUGGUACACUAUAAUGGCGAUUGUACAGUAUAGAGAUUAGCUUGAGUGGCCUCUUCGUCUGUGUGCAGAGACUUUCUAAUGCAUUGAGAGUGUUCCACCUGUUUGCUGCAGGCAGUACUUUUCUAUUUGUCUGCAGCCAUGAGCUUAUCUGUCUGUGCGCAAAUGCUGCUGCAUUGGGUAAUUGGUAUUUAUUUUGCAGUCGGUUGAAGGGGAUGAUCUCUCCCUGAUCAAACAACUGAUGCAAGUAUAUUAGACCUCUAUUGCUCCAGGACGUUAUGUUCAAUGAAGGUAUCAGACCAUAAAAUGAAUCUAGGAGGAAGGCUGGUGAUAGCCCCCCAUCAAAUCCUUGUUCCUUAUUAAAUCUGUCCCAUUCUCGUAAUGUUGUAGCUGUGAGUGGUGACAUAUCUUUAUAUUUUUUUCUAAGUUGUGGCGGUAUCCAGGCUAGGUGCGUUAUUUUUUGCCCCCCAGUUAGGUCAGCCUCUACCGUUACCCAAGGGGAUGGUUUGUCAUGUUGGUGUAAUUCGUUGACCAACGGUGCGAGUAUAGCUGAUCUGUAGUACGUGGCUAUGUGUGGUAAUCCCAUUCCCCCUCCUUUAUAUGUGAGGUACAUGAUUUUUGCCGCUAUUCUGGGUUUCUUAUGGGACCAGACAAAGGUGUUAAUCAAUUUUUGUGCGUCGUGAAGGAAUGUUUUUGAGAGCCUAAUUUGUAAUGUACGGAACAUGUAUUGCAGUCUCGGGAGAAUUUUCAUUUUGACUGCUGCUAUUCUACCUAUCCAUGAUAUGUAUUUCCCUUUCCAAUUCGCUAGCUGCUGUUUUAUGGAUGUGAGGAGUUUGCCGUAAUUUUCCUGAUGUAAGUUCCUUUCUAGUCUCGUGAAUUUUAUACCCAAGAAAGUUAGGUGGUCUUGUCUCCAUUCAUAAUGGUAUUUCUGUUGCAAGGCUGUAUACAGCAAUGCAGGUGCAUGCAGACUCAUUGCUUGCGUUUUAGAACUGUUUAAUUUGUAAUAUGAGCAAUUGCUGUACUGUUGCAGCAGAUUCUGGAGUUCUGAGAUAGAGGUGAGUGGGUCAGAUAGGGAGAGCAUUACGUCAUCUGCAAACAUCGUUAUUUUGUAUGUUUUAUUUUUAAUUUCCACACCUCUGAUUUGGUUGUUAUCCCGUAUUGCUUGGGCUAAUGGCUCUAACGCAAGAAUGUAUAAGGCCGGGGAGAGCGGACAUCCUUGCCGUGUUCCAUUUGUGAUAAGGAACGGCUUGGAUACAAACCCGCCGUUCGCAACCUGUGCUGAUGGCUUGGAGUAUAGUGCUAAUAGUAGGGAUAGAAAUUGUUGUGGGAAUGCAAAUUUUUGUAGGACAGUUCUCAGGAAGUUCCAGUGAAGUCUGUCGAACGCCUUCUCGGCGUCCAGGGACAUAAAGACCCUGGGCUCUCCGAGAGGCGUCCCAUUAUAGAGGAGGCUGUGGAGCUUCCUAGUCCCGUCAGUCCCCUGGUGUGUAAUAAAGGGGAUUAUGGCCGCUACACGAUUGGCGUAUAUUUUGGCUAAUAGUUUCGUAUCUGUGUUUAACAGUGAAAUAGGUCUUAAAUUUUUAGGUUGCGUGGGUGGUUUCCCUGGUUUUGGUAGCGUGGCUAUGUGUGCUAAUAGCAUUUCCACUGGCAUCUUCCCUGUGUGUACAAUAUGGUUCAGUGUGUGUACUAGGUAGGGGCUCAGGAUGUUCGAAAAUACUUUGUAGUAAGUGUUCGUGAAGCCAUCGGGCCCUGGUGAUUUCCCCGAAGGGAGUGAGCGAAUCGUUUGCUGUAACUCUGUCAGUGUGAUCGGUUCUAUCAGGGAGUCCUGCUGUUGUUGUGUUAAUUUUGGCAAUUUUAUCUGCGAUAGGAAGUUAUCAAUUUCCACUUGUGUUGGCUGAUGUGUUUGGGGAUCUUUUGUUAGGUUGUACAGGUUUUGGUAGUAGGCUGCUGUUUCUUCAUUAAUGUCUAUGGGGUUGUAUAUUUUCUCUCCUGUGCUAGUGAGUAAAUAUGGUAUUUUGGCGUGGGCUUGGUGAUGCCUCAGUAAAGAUGCUAAUUUUUUCCCCGCUCUGUUUCCCUGGGUGUAAUGCUUCAGUUUGAGUGUUUGUAAAGUGCGCGCUGUUUUUUGAAGUAGGAGAUCAUUUAAUUGAUUUGUAGUUUGUUCUAUUUCAAUGUCGAGGUCGGGGGUGGGGUGUAGCAGCUGGGCUGCUUUUAGGUCACGCAGUUUGGUCAGUAGUGUGAGGCGCGCCUGUUGAGAGGUCCUGUUUAGGAAGGACGCUCUGCUAAUGAGCUGACCUCUAAUCACUGCCUUAUGUGCCUGCCAAGAUGUAGUAGGUGAUAUGUCAGGUUGGUUGUUAAGUUGAAAAUAUCUAUCUAUCUCAGUCCCCAAUUCCUUUUGAAAGGUGUCGUUGUAUAGGAGGGUGUCAUUUAAUCGCCACUGGGUUUUCCCUCUGUGCUUGUAAGCAUCCUGGGUUAUGAGGGUUACCGGAGCAUGGUCCGACCACACUAUGUCCCCUAUGCUACUCUGUGUUGUGGAGGGCACCAAAUCUUGUGACACCAAUAUGACGUCUAUUCUGGAGUGGGUUCCAUGCACCUUGGAGUGGAAAGUGUAACUUUUGUCACUCGGGUGAUUUGUUCGCCAUAUGUCAUAUAGAUUGUGGUCAAGUAAGAGCUUGGUGAUGGCUUUGCAUUGUGGUAUUAAGGAUCUAUGUCUGGGAGUGUUAGACGAUACUGUCGUGUCCAUAGUCGGUUGGAGAAUAUGAUUCAUGUCGCCACAUAUUAUGAUGCCGGCUCUGUGUUCAUGGGGUAAUUUGCUCAGCACUUUAUGCAAAAAAUUGCGCUGGUUAGAGUUAGGGCUGUAUAUGCCUACUAAGGUAUAUAUGGCUCUGUUGAUUUGACAGUGGAGUAUUAAGUACCGACCUUGUGCGUCUGUUUUAAUAUUUAGCAGUUCAAAGGUAAGCGAUUUGUGAAACAAAAAGGACACUCCCCUUGUUUUGGAAGAAUAGGUCGUAUGGUACUGCGUCGGAUAAUCUUGUUUCCCAAAUUCUGGUAUUCUCCCCCGCACAAAGUGCGUUUCCUGGAGGCACAUAAUAUCUACUUUAGCCCUCUUAGUUUCCUCUAACAGAACUCUGCGUUUAUGAGGGGUGUUCAGUCCCCGUACGUUAUGUGAGUAUAUUUUCAUAGUGUACUAUUAUAUGGGUUGGACACUGAGUUUUUAAUUUACUUCUGAUUGUAUCUUCUAGUCGGGUGUGUUUGUUGGUUGUGCAUAUAUCAGGCAAGAGUGCCCCUGUGUGGGUAAUAGUGAUCUUAGCUGGUAUGGGUAGUGGCUUGGACUUCCUUAUCUUUGCGGGACUGGGGUCAAAAACUUGGGGAGGUGUAAACCGGGUAGAAACAAAAACAAAGUAUAUACAUAUAUGUGUCUUGGUACUGGUGGUAAGUACCGUGGGGGUGGAAACUAGCAUGUUUCCGUGUCAUGGCUAUGGGUCUUCCGCUGUCUCUUAACCUUUGGAGACGGUCGGUCGCACCAGGCCACCUAUGUAGUAAGUACUAAUAGUCGUAUAGGCUCUUGGUGUGUGUACAAUUCUAUUGAGAAAGGGGGUAAACGGUAAUGGGACUAGGAGAGAUUUUUGUCAGGUGUAGUAGUAAAUACAUAUAUAUACACUUAUAUUCGUCAUAAUCAGCAGCUGGUAAGUACAUCCAGUAGGACAGCAUCUUGCUCCCUAGUAGCUGGGAGAGCUCGUUGCGGUAAUGAGCAUCUAUUGAUUAUAAGCAGUGCUUGUGUUAUACCAAUUGUUUUUUUUUUUUUUUUUUUUUAUAUUAUUUUACUAAGCAGCGUAACAGUGUUGCCCUCACAUUAUGCUCUUGAUGAGGCACACGGAGAGAAUGUGUGUGUCCUCUGCAACUCAUCGCCUCUCCCGUAAGCUACAGGUUGCUAGGGGGGGGGGUUCAGCCCCAUACUUCCAUCAAAUGAUGGGGAGGUAUUGCUUGCCAGCUUAAGUAACCUUAAGGAACUAGGUAAUUUAACUUGUUAUAACCAAUCCGUGUUAACCUGAACAUUUUUUUUUUUGUUUUUUUUUUUUUUUGUUUAGCAUAUAUAGACCUUGGGAUAUUUCCCCAGCCCUCGAGUCCAUUGCAAGCGCCUAGGCAUAAUCAGAUUUAUACUUGCGUAUGUCCAGCAGUUCAUGCUUUGUGCCAGUCCAGUGGGAUGCGCCUGGCAGGUGGGGUGUGAGGCUCCGGUCUUUGGUGCAUAAAUCCCCAGGAUUGUAGUUUACGGAGUCCAUCUUCAGGUGAUGUGAUAACCUGGGUGGUGUUAUCUUUCGUCACCAGCAUUUUGGUAGGGAAGCCCCAUCGGAAUCUGAGGCCAUGAGCCCUCACGGAGUUGGCGACCUGAGCGAACUCUUUCCUUCUGCGAAGAGUAGACGCCGAUAGAUCUGCAAAAAUCAGCAGAUUGGGGUAACCUUCUAGUGGUGUCGCUUUAUUUCUGCUUGACUUGAGUAUAAGCUCUUUGAUAUGAUAAUAAUGCAUUCGCAGUAGUACAUCCCGCGGUGCAGUUUCUGGCAGGAACCGUGGUCUAGGCAGACGGUGUAUUCGGUCCACGAGUAACAUGUCGGUUGGUAUGUCUGGAGCAUAAGCGUUAAACACGCCUCUGACAUAUGCCUGCAGGUUCUCCGGCACAACAUCCUCUGGGAUCCCUCUAAUGCGCAGGUUAUUCCUGCGUGCGCGGUCCUCUAGGUCAGUUAUUUUAUUUUCCGCCGCCAGUAAUUUUUGUUCCAGUUGUUCCACAUGAGAAGCUAUGUCAUUGUGUGCUGUAGCAAAUUCUGCCAUCUUGUUCUCCAUGUGGGAGGUGCGCUUGCCUAAUUCUUGCAUGUCCUUCCUCAGCGAAUCCGCUGUAUGUUGCCACGAUGUAAUUAGCUUGCUUGACAGGGUGUCCAGAGCUUGUUGUAAAUAGCUCUUGGUGAGUAUGUCAGGAUCACUUUCUUGCAAUGCUGCUGUGUUCUCAGGGCUGUCAGUAGCGGAGCCGCCAUCUUGCGACCAGGCCCGAGCCUCCUCCGGUUCCUGGUGCGACUUGUGUCCAAAGAAAUUGAUUUUUUCCGCUUUGUGUGCAGACUUCUUGCCUCUCUGCUGUGCCAUCUUCGUUUUUUAAGCAGUUGUGCCGCCGUGUUGCGUUCGAUGGAGUCGGAUUGCGACCCGUGUUGCCGGAGUGAACGGGUUACACGUCCAUUCCUCUCGGCGGUUAGCCACGCCCCUCUUUAUUUUAUAUUUUAUUCAUAUUAAAUUAUGUUUCAGACCUAAAUAUUUUAUGUUAAAUUAAAGCCCUGUUUCCCCUGAAUAAAAUGAUAUAUGUGUGGGUACACAUAAUAUGAAAGAGGUAAAUUACGCCUCAACAGACAUAUAGCGCAAAUUCAAGUUUUUGCUUACGUUUUGUGUUGAUCACAACGUGUAGAUUUGGCUCAGUCCUUAAGGGGUUAAUAACUAUUAAGAACAAGUGCCAAUCGUGGGCAUGUUAGUGUUGUCUUCUGUUUUAGCACCUCAUGGUAGCAUUAAGUAUGAUGUACCGUAUAUACUCGAGUAUAUACUUCAGGGCCAGUGCACAGGGCCCGCGGUUGCCAGGUGACCUGCAGGAGGGGAGUGCACAGAAUAGGUGAGGGUCACAACAAGUAGCGUGGCUGAGCAGACCAGGGUAGAGGGACCUCUGUUUCCCUCUAGCUGGACUGAGAGGAAGUGCUCAUUGAGGGAGCUCAUCCUGUUAGACUGGCUACUGCAGCAUGCUCUGCCAUGCUACAGAAGAGAGCAGGUACAGAGAGCAAUGUGGAAUUGGCACAUGGAGAGACAGGGGGAGUGAAUUGACACAUUAAAGUAUGGGGGGGGGGGAUUUACACAUGGAGGGUGGGAUUGACACAUGGAUCGACUGCGGGGGUGGUAUAGACACAUUGAGGGACUUGGGGGAGAGGGGACUGGCAGAUGGUGGAUUUGACACAUGGAGAGACUGGGGAGGGUGGAAUUGACCCGGUGGUUUCUAGUUACACCUCUGGGGUAGGGCAAACAAAGAUUGUUGGUCCAAAGGACUCCCUUCCUAUCAAAUUAAUAGAGGCUUCCCACUUCCUGUGUACAACAUGGGUUAAAUAAUGGAAUAGAUGGACUAGCAUGUGUUUAUCCAUUCCUAUUUUGCCUUGGACUGCCAGGUAAUGGCCAGUCCAUUCCAUGGAAACUGCCAGCCAGCUGCCAAUCACAAGUGUUAAUACUUAAGGACUAUACCUGUCACAGGGUCGUACCCCAACUUACAGGAAUGGCAAUUCCCACAAACAGAGGUUCUAGAUAGACGUUACCAGGCCUUAGAGAGGCCAGACUUAACGUUAAUAAAGAUAAAGGCAGAGUCAGGCAUAGCCAAGAUCAGGGAUAUAGAAAUACAGAUAUAAGGAAUAACAAGCCAGGGCAAGAUACCAGAAAUACUCAAUGUCAAAUAUAAGCCGGGUCAAUAUUGACAUAUCAAGUGAGACUUACUGUUAUCACUAGCAUGUAUCAGGGCAAAAACCACAAUAGGGCAAUGAACAAGGGCCCAAAUUAACGUUAUUGUCAGGAUUACAGAAUGAUCCAGCACGUAGAAUUGUAUAACACAGAGGACUGAUAGGUAACGUAUACCGGACCUUAGAAUGGCUGGACUAACGUACCAAAGAAUAGUCAGGAAUAGCCGAGGUCAAGGGAAACAGAAAGAGACACAACGAUAAGGAAAAGCCAGGAGUCAGGGAUGCCAGAAAACAGGGAAGUCAAAAACAAUGCCAAAGUCAAAUAACCAGAAUUACCAGAAUCAAUAACGCACUCUCGGACAACCACAAGGGAAACCAUGACAGGGCACUGAGCAGGAUGAGAACUGGGCCUAAAUACCCCUCCUCUAGAUCUGAUAGGCUGUAACCGGCCUUUGACCCCAAAGCAGUUACCAGGUUCCUAUUUGCAUAAUUUCUGCUCAGCAUUAACCCUUCUGUGGAUUUGGUUGCUGCUCGGCACAACUUUUCCUGUGUGGACAGUAAAUGUCAUUAACCACAUUUUUAUAAGUGGAUGAAUACGUGACAGUUAUAUAGGCUAACAAUGUUUCUGAUUGGUCUAUGUCAUCUCUGUGACUCCAAAAUGAUUGACAAUGGGGUUGCCUGGAUAAAAUGGUCACUUUAAGGGCGGGUGUGACAUCACAACAUUUGAAUUUAUAAAAGCGCCAUUCUAAUAAAAUGCAAUGAAUAGGAUUUAGACCCACGCAAACAAGCAGAGGGUGCUGUUCGCUGGCCCGAAUGGUAAGCAUUCCCUGUUCAAGCAGCGUGGCCACACGACCUGAGGAGGGGAGCAAUGCUGCUGCGCAAUAUGUUUGGCUUGUGCGCCCCGACGAGGGGACAUGUGUGUGUGCCUGGUGCAGGUAAGUCCAUGACAAUUCCCAAUAUUGUUACACAUAUUUAAAGGUUUUUCCUCAUUUUAAUAACACUGCAAUUAAUAACCUGGAAUAUGACUUAUUAUAUCACAUUACAUACUGGACUGGAGAUCAGUUGCACAUUGUGAUCUGUAGACCAUACUGAGCCAAUGCUUAUUUAGUGCAUAGAAACACAAUGAAACAUAAUAUUAUUAAUGUUCAAACAUGUGCAAUGCUUACUGUGAGGAUGAUGCAAUAACUGGAAACAGAAACAUUUUAAAUGGAGCUGGACAGUGUUUCAAGAAAACUGCUGUUAGCACUUGGCUUAUAACAACCAUUUUGCUAGGGAAAGAACUCGUACAUGCAACAAGUCUUUUUAUAUGUACAAAAAGGGAUUGUAAAACAAUUAGCAGGUCACAGAGUUUCCACAACUAAUUCCAAUUACUUAUCACUCUGAGUUGGGAAGAAUUCAACCUUGUCUUGUAUUAAUUUGUUUGCUCAUAAUAUUACAGUCACAUUUCACACACUGUUCUGUUUGCAGAGUAUAAUUUACUGCUGGUACUUCUUAAAGGUUAUAAUUAGUGCCAGACAAUCAGCUAAACACACUUGUACACACUUUAUGGGAUUUCCUAACUUGGUAGCAAUUUUUAAAUGCAGUUGUAUAAUGUCACAGAAGGUGCAUUUUGACACUGAUGGAGUGCAUGUAAUGCAUGAGGUAGAUGCAUUAUUUCUCAACAUGGUAUAAUAUUGUAUUCUAAUCUUGUAUACAUUAAAAAAAAAGUUGAAAAUGUAAUUUCUACGUAAUAGAGUCCAUUUCAGUAUUGCAAUUUUAUACAUCUUGCAGAGCCACGAGUGUACAGUUUUAAGAGGAUUUUUACUGAUUUGUCAUUUUUUUUCAACAGAAUAUUUUUGGUAACGAGUCUUCAUAACUUACCAGGACACUACCAUUGUGAAAAAGAAGUUUCUUCAGAAACAGGUAUAGCAUAUUUCCAAAAAUAACUUUUUCAUUAAAAUAUUCUCAGUCUUUUUUACUAAAGUGAGAAUUGAAUUUUAAAUUUAAUGCUAGAGUACCUAAAUUGAAACCACCACUUAUUUAUUUAUUGGACUUUUUCAUCUAUUGUAUCCUGCCAUUUGCUGAGAGCAGCACGGGAGUGCACAACGCUACAGAAAUCUUUCAAUAUUUCCCUUUUACUUAAUUAACCCUUCCACUGGCUUUAGGGUUAACUGGUGUUUAGGAUUAAGGUGUAUUUCAGCUUGUGUUUAGGCUUAAGGGUUGUUUAGGAUUCAAACUUAUAUUAUAUAGGGGUGAGUCCAUAGCAUCUUGAAGGCAAAUAUCCUCUAACCCGAAGUCCUAAUCACCCCAAGCCUUAACUCUAAACACCCACUAACAUUAAGCGCCAUAACCCUAAACGUCUGCUAACUUUUAAAGUAUAAAAGGAGUAGGUGGGUUAAAUUUUAAAAGGGCAUAUUGUAGCCUGCUAGUGGCUGUGGUGCCAGGGCAUCCCUGGUGUCGCACCCAGAAGAAGUAGUUAAACCAUUUCCAAAUGAUUUGACACUUACUUGUUUCUCUCUGGGAUGUCUCUUGUCUGUCACUCUUCUCUGCUAGAUCUAGAAUGGGCUGUACUGGUUAACUAAACCAAAGGGCACGUUUUAGCAGUAUAGUGGCAAAGCUGUAGCAUUUCUGCAGAAUUUUAACAGAACUGUAAAUUGCCCCUCAACUGGAAAUAUUGACAAAUACAAAAACUUCUUAUAUACUUCCUUAUCCUGAAUAGUUUCCAUAUAUUGAUCCUUAAGGACCAUGGUGAUGAUGUAUCUAUAUGUCUCUAUAAAUAACCAUGGAUGCUCUGUGACUGAUUUUAACAUUUUAAAUUAUAUAUACAUAUUUAUAUUACAGGCAAUGGAUUUAUAACCUCAAGGAAACACACUGAACGUGUAAUGGGUGCAAACAUAUAUAAGGUAAAGAAUUAUCAGUGGAUGUCUCAUUUUGCAAGACAGAUAAUUUAAUAUCUCAGUUGCCAGUGCAGUCACUGUAUCUGAAAUGAUCUAAAUGAAUAGGUGUUAACUAUGAUGCUGUCACUCAAUUAAUGCUUCAGUGAAGCAUUGCAGUUUUGUUGCAAUUUUAGAAUAUUAGCUGACAUUUGGCUUUGAAAUGUUUAAAAUGAACGAUAAUAUAUGAAGUAAGCUUAAAGGGACAUGCAUCACUUGACCUGCAAGAAAACACUUUUACACAAACAUAAAAACUAAAAUAAGACAAGAAAAGUUUGAAAACUAUGUAAUAUACUCACCAUAAGCUUUGUCUGGCACGCCUCUCAGCCAGGAAAGUUAUUCAGUCUCCCUCUGUAUCUCUUAGCAUCUUCUUACGCACCCAUUAACAGUUACUUACUAAUUAAUUACUGCACAGUAAAUCCCUCUGUAUACUGACUGACACACUGCUUUGCACAGUGAACCCCACUAUAUACUGAGUGACACCCACACUACUCUGCACAAUAAACCACCUGUAUACUGAGUGGCACUCUGCUCUGUGCAGUGAAUCCCUCUGUAUACGGAAUAACACACUGCUCUACAGUGAAUCCCACUAUAUACUAAGUGACAUAGUGAAUCCCUCUAUACACUAUAUGACACACUGCGUUGCACAGCCAAUCUCUCUACAAAUGGACUGACAUACUGCUUUGCACAGUGAAUCCCUUUAUCCGGGGAGUACUUUGUGACAUGGUGCUUCUGAGGGGUCAGUGUGGCAAGGUGACUGUGUUUGGGGAGUGAGUGUGACAGGGUGACUAUAUGUAGGAGGUACAAGUGUGAUGUGUUGUUUGUGGGGAAAGGGUUGAAGGAAGGGGUUGAAGUGUGGAAAGGUGAUUGAAGGGGGGUAAGAGUAACAUGGUGACUGUGUGUGGGGAGUUAGUGCGACAUUUGACUGUGUGUGCAGUGCAACUCAAUAGUUUUUAAUAUAUGAAGCUGUAGUUCCCUUCUUCCUUACCUAUUGUGCAAAGAGGGAGGCCCUAAUGCCCAAUUCCCUGGCAGUCCAGUGGGCUGCUUCAUUUCUUGACAGUCCAGUGGGAUGCCUGUACCUCUGGUGAUCCGAUGGGCUGCUUGACUCCCUGGUGGUCUGUUGGGCUUCACUUUCUCCAUGGGCAUCUAGGCAACACUUGCUGCAUAGUCAAAGUGCCACGUAAUUCGUAUUCUUAGCCAGUGCAUAUGGAUCUUGCAACAUCACGUAACUAGCGGUAGGACACUGAUGGUCUGGAUCAGAGUCCUCCCUAGGGUAAGAGUGGAAAAUGCGGGUAAGAAAACGUAGGUAAAUAUGAAAAAAAUUAUAAUUACUGCCUUUUUCCGCCUGCAGAAUGAGUCAGUUGUCUGAAAGGGAUUCAUGUCCCUUUAAUAUCAGUGUAUUUAUCUAUUAUUAUAUUUUGUCCAAAUAUUUUAUUGUGAAUACAUAUGCAAACGGAGAGUACAAGUGGAAGUUUUCAUGUUCAAUAUGGAGUUUUUUUCAAAUGGGGGAUACGAACAGUAUUGGAGCUAGGAAGAUCAUUUAGGUAGUUCAGUACUCGGUGUUGACAUCAAGAUGAAGAUGAGGAGGUGCUUACGAAGGCCUAUAGUGAGAAAGGUAUCAUCUGACAAUAUAUUGUAAGCUUGAACAGUACUGAUGGAGGGUGACCCAUGGCCGGUCAUGAAGUUUUGUAUUCCAGGUAGAGCCUAAAUGAUUAGUAUGAUUGAGUUAUACAUGCAAAGCUGGCAGUGUGGUAGUAAGUAAAAACAGGAUGCGUAGACAUUUAGGGUCUGCCUCUCCAAACAAAGUAGAAAUAGAUUUUUAAAACAGUAGGAGGAGGCAACCCUGCAAUGUGCAAUAGAUGCUAAUAACACCAUACUGCAGACAGGGUUUGGAGUAAAGAAAUGUGUCCCAGCUUGAGGAAAACCUAAAGCCAGCGUAUUGAAUUACUGUUAUAGCAUCAUUGAAGAGCAAUGGCAUAGAACAGGGUGUAGACCACAUUCUGCACUCCAGAUGUUGUGGCCUACAUCUUCCAUGAUGCUUUGCCAGUAUUGUGGCUGUAAGAACAUAAUGAGAGAUGUAGUCAACAACAUCUGGAGUUUGCCUAGCCCUAGUAAAAGGAGUUUUCCAGCAUCGAAGAAGUGAUCAGGUUGAGGCUUCUGUUGGUGUUGUGCCUGGCUUCCUUAUUGGCUUCACAUCUCAUUUCAUUUAGGAUAUGUGUAGACAUUUUGUGAUAAAAGGUUAGAGACCAUGUACAAGCAUAUUCAAUCUUGAAGAGACAUAAGUCUUAUUUAGAGAGUUUGGUCUCCAGCUAGAGCAAUCAUGAUGAUAUUUGCCUUCCUUAGGUAGCAAACAGGUUAUUGUUUAACUUAGAUAUUGUGUAUUUUAUAGGUGGAAAUAUUCCGUGAUUCAAGAAUCAAUCUGGCAGCCCAGGCAUUUAUGAAACUUGCUAGUGAAAAAGGUAAACGGAGUAUAUACUCACCAUGCAACUUGGCAGGAAAUGUUGUUUGGGACAAAGUGCAAUUUUAAGUUAAAUUAAAAAAUAUAUAUAUCAAGGUAUCAAUGUAGGUAGAAAAUCAAAUAUUUAUUUAAGGUGAUGUGGAAAGGAAUCGAGUGAUUAUGAUCAACAGGGUUGGGUGACAUAAAACAUAGUGUGGCCAUCUUGACAAAUCCUUAUGGUCCCAGAUACAGUGUGACAAUUUUUAUUUUAAGACUUCUGUAGUCCACAUCUGGGGAUACCAGACGAAUGCCCCCCAAAAAGCAUAGUAUUAGCUCUUGUGCACUCUGUAUCAAGCCAAUGCAAGCUUACUUCAACAAUGCUCUCUGCAUGGGUAGCCCAGAGUGAAGCAGGUCAAAUUGGCCUGGGAAGCCUGUUGUGUGCAAGUAAUGCCCCCUUUUCAGGCAGGGUCUGUCCAUAAUCAUUUGGAGAAUAGGUUUGACACUUAUAUUAAAUCUCGUUCUCGUGUUUUCCAUAUAAAUGCAGACUGUGAGGCCAUUGAGAAAAUGGUGGCGUUUAUAACGGAGGCAAACAACAGAAGAGUCGAUGUGAAUAAUGGAAUAAGCCAAGUCUGUCAGGUGAAUACCAUGUAUUUCAUGAGCUUUAAACAGAGAACUAUGGCAAGGUUUUCAUAGUUACUGAAGAUCGAUAAAAAAUUAUUAUUUAAAUCAGAAACUAUGUAGAUGCACAAUAUACAAUAUUACAAACUGCAGAAAAAGGAAGAAUAAACAUUUUCUAAUACAGUUUAGGCUUAGGUGGAUAUUUUUCAAACUUAGAUAUGUUGACCUACGUUUUACAAUUCAAGUUUAAAUUUGCCACUACUUAUUUUCUUUUUAUUCUUGUUACCAAGAAAAGUAACCCUGGUGUAAUAUGAAUUGAGGGCAAUUCUCACAGUUCUGUAUUUGAAACUCACUCAAUACAAACAAUAUUCAAUCCAGUAUGUUGAUUAUUCUAAUAAUAUAUAUAUAUGUAUUCUUUUUAACACCAGACACUAAACCAAUAUGUUAAACCUGAAUAUUUGUCCUCGGCACACCAAUGGUUAUUGAAGGCUGGGAAAGAAGGUAAUUACGUAUUUGUAUUAUAUAGUUACAUUUCUUUAAAAUGAUUCUCUAAGCACCAAAUCAACUUUAAGUGAAAAGUGUACAGAAGGAUCAGCGCUUAAAAACUUAAAUAAAGGCAGCACACCUAAAGGGCUCCCUCACAGGCCCUAUAUGUAUAUAUGUAUAAGGAAGUAGAAAAGGGUGGCGCCACAGACAUAAUAUGUAAAAUUAAAUAUAAGCAAGUAGUAAUAUAGAAAUAAACAAUUAUAUAUAAUACAGAGACAGAACAAUAAAAUAAAAAAAAUAAUAGGUAUAAAGAACAGUCCAAAAAGAGUCGAGUAAAACCUUGGGAUGAGAGAACAAUCACAGUUCUGAGGUAGAGAUGUCUAUGGAGUAGUAGGAUCAAGAGGUUUGUGGGAUCCGUAUGAAAGAGAAAAGAAAAUCUAAUAGUGCAAUAAAACCAAAAAGAUAGCAGCGAAUAAAAAAGAUCCAUAUGGUCCUACUCACGUUUUUGAGAGUUAGGAACUAGCUCUAGUAUAAACAGCGUACAGUGGUAUAAUCCCCACUUAUGGGAUAUGUAAAGGAGUGUUGUAAGUAGAUAUCUCGUCAGAUGGGGACCAUAUGUUACAUAAAAAACAACAAUAGUACUCACUGUGAUAAAACCAGGAGAGUGUAUAAAAAUACCAAAUGGUUACUCACAUUUAAUUGGGCAGGCUCACUGCUCAAUGAUAGGGCGUAAGUGGUAUAAUCCCCACCAAGGAUGCUUUGGAGUAGUAUCUCUCUGGAACAAGUAAAACUCAGAUGCCAGGUAGUAAAAUAAUAAAAAUUGUAAAAAAGAUAAAAUGGCUGACUCACAACAAAGAAAGUGACCAAAAUACCUUUAUUAAAAUAUAGUUAGCUAAAAUUUUCACAAUGUGUUUCUCCCCUUAGGGCUUUCUCAAGUGGAUAAAACCAUAUUGAUUGUCCUCUCAUCCCAAGUAUUUUACUGGACUCUUUUUGGACUGUUUUAUAUAUAUAUAUAUGUAUUAGUUUUUUUUAAAAAAAUUAAAUUUUAUUAUUCUCUCUGUAUUAUAUAUCAUUGUUUAUUUCUAUAUUACUACUUGCUUAUAUUUAACUGUACAUAUUAUCUCUGUGGCACCACCCUUUUCUACUUCCUUAUACCAAAUCAACUUUAGCUUAAUGAAACAGGAUUAGUGUAUAGAUCAUGCCAGUGAAGUCUCACUCCUCAAUUCACUGCCAUUUCGGAGUUAUAUCCCUUUUGUUUCUGUUUAUACAAGUCCUACCCACAACACCACUGACUGUGAUUCACACAGUCAACAUGAAAAAAAUGAGUUUCAUUUUCAAUCAGUACAGUAUGUUUAAUUUAUAAGUUUUUUGUUUUUUUCUCCUGCUUUGUUAAUUGAACGUUAAUCAAUCGCAUGAGGCUCCUCCAGACACUAACAGGCUAUUAACAGUGCAGGAGAUCAGAAAUUGCAAACUAGACGGAAUGCGCUAUAAAGGAAGUUUAAACAUCAGAUCUGUUUUUACAGGAAAUGUGUUGGGGGACUCUGCAGGUCACAUGCAGGGGAGGUGUGGCAAAGGCUGUAUAAACAAACUGAUUAACUUCUAAAUGGCAGAUAAUUGAGCAGUGAUAAUGAAGGGGCAUGAUAUAUAUACUAAAAAGCUAAAGUUGUUUUCAUGCUUAUAGUGUCCCUUGCAAGCUGUUGAGGAAAAAGUACACACACUUUCAAAUGUGUUACAUUCUAGAUUAUGGCUAACUAGAUUACAAAUUUAUGUAAGGAAAUGUAUAUCAACACAAUCAAGAGUGGCUUUCCAUAAAGACUAUGGUUAUGGUGCUUGGAAUGUUCCUUUAGCUUCCUUGAUACUGAUAACAGUCGACUUCAAUACACUGGACUCUAUAUGGCUGGUUUGCAGAUGACAAAACAAUUUGCUUCCAGUCAACACCAUAAUUGUGGUAUGAUUGUGUAAUUUGUAAAGCAUCUUCUUCUCUAUAGGACCACUCCAAGCACUUGACCACUACAGCCCACUGUAGUGGUUGGUGCUAAAGUGCCUUCCACAAAGUAAGUAGCCAAACAGUUUAAGAAUAGUUUGGUGACAUAUGUGGUCCCGCUGGGGCGCCCACUGCCACCUCCUGCUACUGCUCUUGCAAAGCUCUUCAAACCAUUCUUAAACAGUUCAAAUGCCUUACUCUGUGAGGGCUCCAGGUCACUCCUGGCAUCAUAAGCAAUACAGAAGGCUAUAGAGCUGAAACCUUGAAAUGUACCUUUAAAAAAAAAAAAAAAAUACCAUACAGUUAUGUCUAAAUUUGUAUUUAUGCAUGUCAUCAUAUUUGCUUAAAUGCGUUUAAUUUAAAAUUACAUGAAUCUAUAUUGCAGAAAGAGCUGCAGUUGAGAGACUACUGAAAACUCUAUCUACAACUCCACAAAUCCCAAGAAUGAAAGAGAAAACUGAGUCCACCUCACGUGUCAGGAGAGCACACAGAUCAGAGUAUGCCAUCCACCCUGAAUGGAGGAUACAGCCUUAGUCUGCUAGAUUUUAUUUGUAACUAUGAAUUAGCAUUACAUCUCCACAUUACUCUUAUGUUUUACUCAUCCUGUGACCAUUAUAGGUGCAGGGUGUGUGUAAUGUAAUUGUUUAUUGCUAAAUGUUUUGUGUGCUCUUCUGUCCUGCUGAUGCUCUCAAACAACUAGGUGGACUUGGCUGUGGAGCUAGUACAGCGCCAUCUGUUGGUUGUGAAAAUCUUUAAACUAUAAAACUAUAUGCACUACCUGUAUAGCAAAGCUUGUUAAUUUGCAUAUUCGGGUAGAUUAGCGUAUUUUGGUUUUUGCAGGCAGGGUAGAUAUUUUGUGUUAGUUGUUGUCUUCCCCACCCAGUUUUAAAUGUUAUUAUGUGUUCCUGUAUUUUUCCCUAUAUGAUCUGAUUAUUUGUCUUGGAUUAAGUUUGUCACCGUAAAUUUGAUGUAAUGUGCAUAUGGGCUAGUCCUAAGUAAAAAUAAAGUGGAGUGUUUUUGUUCCAUUGGGAA